CAUCGAGGUGGCACGUAGCAGUCGCCUAAGCACCGCCUCGCGACGCCGUCGACGCGCGAAAUUGCAACUGCAGCUCUUCCAAAGCAGCACCGCUUGCACUAAAAACCAGAGAUCGAAGCGUUUGCAACGAGCGAGCCCACACAGCUCACACAAGCUUGCCACCCCAACAGCACAGCUAACACGCUUGCCACCCCCAACAGCGCAGCUAAGAUGGUGAAAGUGAUCUGCAUCCACGGCACGGAGUCCGGCGGCUCCGAGCGCCACGCCAAGCGCCUCUCGAAAACUUGGCCCAAGGCCAAUUUCGACCAGUCGAAGGACUUCAUGUCCGGCAACGACGCAGCGUCCGUCGGCCUGGAGGCGCUGGCCGCGAAGUACGACGCCUUCGUCAUCGUGUCGUCGAGCUACGGCGACGGCGACCCGCCGAGCAACUUCGAGAACUUCUUGCGGGCGCUCUACACGGCCGACGAGGGCGUGCUCGCGGGCAAGCAGCACUGCGUGCUGGGGUAUGGCUCGACGGACUACGAGACCUUCCAGAACUGCCCGCGCCUGACGGACAAACUCAUGGGCGCCCUGCUGUGUGGAAAUCAACCAGUGUGUCGGGUGCACUUCUCGGCGAUGACGCGGCCCACCUGGCUCGGUCGAGCGGCGAGGAACCGGCAUCGCCACGCCAUCGAGCAGGCGUCGCGUCGAUGGCGUGGAGGACGACGCGAUGAUUCACGAACGCGCCGUAAAAUUUUGAUUUCCACACAGGCGCCCUGGGGUCCAAGCGCAUGUUAGCGCGCGUCGAAGUCGACGAGAACGAGACGUUAACGGGCGACGAGGCGGUCGCGAAGUGGGCCAAGGACGUCGUCGCCGCCUUCAGCAAGACGUGCAAGAGUGAUGUGUGCGACUGGACCGUGCCCGAGGACCAGAUCCUGGACAAGAAGAGCGACCUGGUGGGGUCGUCGGGUGGCGGCGUGGCCGGGCCGCUCGUCGCGCUCGGCGUCGCGGGCGCGGCGGCGGCGUACUACUACAUGUACCUCAUGUAGGUCAUGUAGGUCUGAAAGACGAAGUCCUAAGUAGAAGAGCUUUUGCUAAACGAUUUUCUGUUACGG